AUGUUCUCUGUGGACUACUCUCUGACAAGGAACGCCAAGUCGUUCGAAGGAAGAGUAGCAGUGACUGUGACAUGCGCGCGGGGGCUAGGGGGGCCCAUCAAGCACGCCAAGGACGUCCUGUCGCAUGACUCGUGGCUUCUCUUUCCGAACCUCGGCUGCUCCAAGCUACGAUCCGAGAUGGGAAGAGUUCAGACCGGGAGGGUCUACGGAGUAGGAGAGGUCUCGCUGCUUGAGGCUUCUAGGAGUGUAGGCAUGUACGAUGGGUGGACCCCGCUGGUCGGAUCGUUGCAGGUGAUAGGGAGUUGCGAAGACGUGGAAGAUGCGUACAAGGCGGUAGCAAGGGUUCCCAAGGAUGUUCUGCUAGACAGGGAGGGGGAACACAAGUGGGAGGUAACAGAGAGGAAAGCGAACUCCUCCUCCUCCUCCUUCCUCCCUCGGGACUCGCACAGCCACGUCGAGGAGUCGAGGCUCAUGGACAGGAGCUGGAGAAGAGAGAGGAGUUUGCUGCCUGGAGCAGAUGGCGCGAGCAGCCAGAUUCCGUUUGCAGCAGCACCAGCGAGGAGGGAGAAGGACCAUCAGGAGCCGCUGGCAGACAGAGGAAGGAACAGCCUUCCUCUCCGCCGCAGCUUUGACCCCUCUUUCGUCCGCAGCUCGUCCCCGGUGCUCGAAGAGGAGCCGACGUUGCAAGGGGUCGACCCGGUGGAGUUCCCCUCAGUCGCUUCAAGAGAAGACGUCCAGCGGCUGCAGAGGCAGAUUGUGGAAGAAGAGGGAUGGAGGUACAUCCGCGAGUACGAGAGGAGACAGAAAGUUCUCCAGUACACAGCAGGGCAGCGAUCCUCUGCUCGUGGGGGAAGGGAAGAGGAAGGGAGGACCUCCCUGUCCUCCUCUCUUGCUGCUUCAGGGCUCAGGGCCCCCUCCACCAUCCUCCUCUCGAGCUCCAACGCGUCUCCCUCCUCCUUCCUUGGUAGAGAUCUCACGACAAUGACGAGGAGAGCAGAG